AUGGUUGGUGGGUACUUUGAGCAAGAGCUGGAGUAUGUCCUCUGCCUGGGCCCACUGGUGCUGGCCAUGUGGGCGAUGCCAACGCUUCAUGAGGCAGUUACAGGUCAAUGCUCCGGGGGCAGGCAAACCCUCAUCUCCCCGGCCGAAAUGUUGCAGAUGCAUGGAAGAUGGAUGUUGAACAAGCCUGCACUGCAGUCUGGAGAGUGGUGGCGCGCCGUCUCCCAUAUGUUCGUGCACAAAGACAUGGACCACCUGUUGCAGAACCUGCGGGGGAUGUUGGCUAACGGCUUCGUCGCCUUCAGCGAGUUUGGUUGGCAAGGCCCAUAUGGUGUCUUCUUCUGCAGCGGCAUACUGGCUGGUCUGAACACCCCUGGCCGGGCAUUCCAAACAGAGGCGCAGCUCGAAGGUUCGCUUCCCCGCGUGCCCGAUCGGCUGGGGCCCGUGGCCAUCCCGGAGACCGCACGCGGUUGGUGGGAUGCGCUGCGGCACCGGACCGCGCAAGCGAGCGCCCCGCUGGUGGAGGCCCGGACGGAGGGCUGCGGAGCCUCGGCGGGCGUCUCGGGGCUCAUGGGCUUCGGCCUCGGCACGUUUCUGUAUCAGUUAUGGGAGGCCGAGAGCUACAGCAGCCACGGCGGCAGCCUCGGGGGCGGUCGGCGCCGGGAUGCCCAGCGCCAGCGCACGGCCGUGGAGUCGAUGGCGUCCCUCCUCAAUCUCGUACAGUCUGCCCAGUUCCUAGCAGAGGAGUGGCGGUCCAUGAAAGGCGACGCGGGGCUCACUGGUGUGGACCACGUCGGGCACUUGACAG